AUGACGACUGACACGAAGCCGGACCUGCGUCCGGACAAUCCCCGUUUUUCUUCUGGUCCCUGCGCCAAGCGUCCCGGUUGGACGCCUGAAGCGCUCGCUGACGCGGCCCUUGGCCGCUCGCACCGGGCCAAAAUCGGCAAAGCCAAACUCAGCCAGGCCAUCGAGCUGACACGCGAAGUUCUCGGCGUGCCGGAUGAUUACCGCAUAGGUAUCGUGCCCGCCUCCGACACCGGUGCAGUCGAGAUGGCACUGUGGUCGAUGCUCGGCGCCCGCGGCACCGACAUGGUGGCCUGGGAAAGCUUUGGCGAAGGCUGGGUCACCGAUGUGGUCAAGCAGCUCAAGCUGGAUGACGUGCGCAAGAUUACCGCGCCCUAUGGCGAACUGCCGGAUCUCUCCCAGAUCGAUUUUGAUCGCGACGUGGUCUUCACCUGGAACGGCACCACUUCCGGUGUCCGGGUCCCGAACGCCGAUUUCAUUCCCGCCGACCGCGAAGGUCUGACCAUCUGCGACGCCACCUCGGCAGCCUUUGCGCAGGAUCUCGAUUUCGCCAAGCUCGAUGUGACCACCUUCUCCUGGCAGAAGGUGCUGGGCGGUGAGGGCGGCCAUGGUGUGCUGAUCCUCAGCCCCCGCGCUGUCGAACGGCUGGAAAGCUACGUUCCGGCCUGGCCAUUGCCAAAAAUCUUCCGCAUGACCAAGGGCGGAAAGCUGAUUGAGGGUAUCUUCAAGGGCGAAACCAUCAACACGCCGUCCAUGCUUUGUGUCGAGGACUAUCUCGAUGCGCUCAAUUGGGCUCAAGGCGUUGGUGGCCUCAAGGGUCUGAUGGCUCGCGCCGAUGCCAAUGCUGACGUUCUGCAUCGCUUCGUUGCAGAGAACGACUGGAUCGCCAACCUCGCCAAGGUGGAUGAGACACGCUCCAACACGUCCGUGUGCCUGGUGAUUGCCGAUCCGGACGUGGCAGCGCUUGCGCCAGACGCGCAGGCGGCAUUUGCCAAGGCGAUGGUCAGCCGUCUCGACAAGGAAGGCGUGGCGCUCGAUAUCGGCGCUUACCGCGAUGCUCCUGCCGGUCUUCGGAUCUGGUGCGGUGCCACGGUCGAGACCUCCGAUCUCGAGGCUCUGACGCCGUGGCUUUCCUGGGCCUUUGCCCAGGAAAAGACCGCGCUCAGCCAGGCUGCCUGA